AAAGACACACAGAAGUCUUCAUGGAUAUAGUUGAUACAUUUAAUCAUUUAAUUCCUACUGAACACUUAGAUGAUGCCCUAUUUAUAGGAUCCAACCUGGAGAAUGAAGUCUGUGAGGAUUUUAGUACAAGUCAAAAUGUCUUAGAGGACUCGCUGAAGAACAUGCUCAGCGAUAAGGAUCCUAUGCUAGGAUCUGCAAGUAACCAGUUCUGUUUGCCUGUUUUGGAUAGCAAUGAUCCCAAUUUCCAGAUGCCUUGUUCAACAGUUGUUGGUCUUGACGAUAUUAUGGAUGAAGGAGUUGUUAAAGAAAGUGGCAAUGAUACCAUUGAUGAAGAAGAACUGAUUUUACCUAACAGGAAUUUGAGGGACAAAAUAGAAGAAAAUUCAGUAAGAUCACCAAGAAAAUCACCUCGUUUAAUGGCACAAGAACAAGUAAGAAGUUUGCGACAAAGCACUAUUGCCAAGCGUUCAAAUGCAGCACCUUUAAAUAGCACAAAAAAAGCAUCUGGGAAGACUAUCUCUUCCCCCAAAGCAGGAGUAAGACAACCAGAAAGAUGUCCGAUUAGAGAAGAUCUCUGUGCAUCGCUGAAACCUGAAUACCAGAAAGAGAGCAGAAGGAGCAAUCGGCAUAUUGGACAAAUUGAAGAGGUACCAGAGAUAGCAGUGUCUUCAAGUCAUUCUCCAGUGUCAUCUUGUCUUGAAAUGAAGGAUGAAGCCGAACUAGAUUCUCAGCAUAAGUGUAAAAAUCAAGAAGAAAAUGUGCCAUCUCAUGAAUUAAGUUGUCCACUUCUUUCAGAGACUUGUGCCAGUAGUGAAGAAAAGAAAAAUGAAGCUCUGAUGGAAUGUAAAAUUGAGACUGUUAGUAGCCCUUUGAUUAAGUUUCCAGAUAAAGAAGAACAUGACCAAAAUUAUUCCAUUCCAGAUAAAGUGGAUGAGAUAAUUGCUGAUGAAAUGAGAGUGAAGGGAAAAAUUGAACAUGAAUUCAAAGGGACAGUGAAAUUACCACAUGAAGGUGACCAGAUUGUUGAGGAACCUAGUUCUACUGCUGCUCUCUCUAAUGACACUACUUGUACAAAUCCAAAUGACACUGAGAGGAACCUUGAAGGUUUAUCUGCUUCUGUUGCUGAAGCAACUGAAUGUAAUUUGGAAUUGAAGAAUAGCAUGGAAGUUGCUGAAGAAGCAAAGAAUUUCCUUCUAAGAAGUAAAGUAGAACCACUGGGUUGUUGUAAAGACACAGAAUCUAAUGAUACUGAGUCCCAGAGUAUAGAAUGUAAUAAAUCAGAUGUAGAGAUUGUUGAUACUACUGCUUUUGAGCCAGAACAUAAUGUUUUAGAAAACGCUACUUGUGACAUUUAUAACCAAAAUUCAAACCAGCACAUUGAAAAUAUUAAAACAGAGCCCCAUGAAAAGGCAAACCUUCAGGAUAAUAGAAACAACCAGUCAAUUGGUGUUCCUUGCUUAAAUUCAAAAAACAUGAAAUUCAAGCAUCCAAAGCCCUCAAUUCAUUCUAAACAAACCAUGAUUGUAGAUACUCCAAAAAAAGUUGUUGCCACAAAGCAUGAAGUAGUGCAUAACAAAAACAAAGUUAAUGUUAAAAGUGUGAAACGAAAUGCUGAUGAACUGGAAUUGCAGCAAAAUUUUCAUAGGCCAGUCAAAGUGAGAAAAAAACAAGCUGAUAAAGAUUUAAAGAUCCAGAGUAGCACUUCUGGGGUUAAAUCUGUAAAAAGUCAAGGUAAUUUAAUAUUGAAAAAAACUUCACAGGAUCAAAAUUUAAUACAGAACUCUAAACCUUUAAGUCAUUAUUUGAGUGAUAAGUCUCAGAGUCAUCAUGCUUCCUCCAAAGAAUCUCAUCAUCCAAUGCAAACUGGACAUUUAUUACAUUCCAGCCAGAAGCAAUGCCAUAAGUCCCAGCAGCAGGCUCCGUUAGUGAAAACCAAUAGCCACAUGAAGGAAGAGCUUGAACAUGCAGGCAUGGAGCAUCUUAAGGAGGAAGACAAACUGAAGCUAAAAAAACCUGAGAAGAACCUACAACCUCGCCAAAGAAGAAGCAGCAAAAGUUUCUCUUUGGAUGAGCCACCAUUGUUCAUUCCAGACAACAUAGCUACUGUUAAAAGAGAAGGCUCAGAUCAUACCUCCUCAUUUGAAAGCAAAUAUAUGUGGACUCCCAGCAAGCAGUGUGGUUUUUGCAAAAAACCACAUGGCAACAGAUUUAUGGUUGGCUGUGGGAGAUGUGACGACUGGUUUCAUGGAGACUGUGUUGGGCUAAGUCUAUCCCAAGCACAACAAAUGGGAGAAGAAGACAAAGAAUAUGUGUGUGUGAAAUGCUGUGCUGAAGAAGAUAAAAAGACUGAAAUACUAGAUUUGGAUAUUUCGGAAAACCAAGCUAAAGCUGAAAUUCAUAGUGAAGAUAAAACAAUGGAGUGUGAAAAGCUUGGGUUAUCAAAGCACACAGCAACAAAUGAAAAAAAACAUAUAGAUGAUACAGUGAAGCACAAAGCCAAAAUGUUAAAACGCGAAUCAGGUGAAGGCAAAAACUCAUCAGAAUGUAGAGAUAGUGAAAUUAAAAAGUGGCAGCUAGCUCCUGUUCGAAAGAUGGGACAACAAGUUUUACCUCGGAGAUCUUCAGAAGAAAGAAGUGAGAAAAUAACAAAAGAGUCUACAACUGCUAUUUGUACAGGAGAAAAAGCUUCAAAACCAGGUACGCAUGAGAAGCAGGAGAUAAAAAAGAAGAAAGUUGAAAAAAGUAGUGUACCUAAUGUGCAUGCACCUGCUGCUUCUACUUCUAAACCUUCUGCAGAUCAGAUCAGACAGAGCGUUCGACAUUCUCUAAAAGACAUUCUUAUGAAAAGACUUACAGACUCAAAUUUGAAGGUUCCAGAGGAAAAGGCUGCAAAAGUUGCCACAAAAAUUGAGAAAGAACUAUUCUCUUUUUUUCGGGACACAGAUGCUAAGUAUAAGAACAAAUAUAGAAGUUUGAUGUUUAAUCUAAAAGACCCUAAAAACAAUAUAUUAUUCAAAAAAGUACUGAAAGGGGAAGUAACCCCCGAUCAUCUCAUAAGAAUGAGUCCAGAAGAACUAGCUUCUAAAGAGCUAGCUGCUUGGAGACGAAGAGAAAACAGACAUACUAUAGAGAUGAUUGAGAAAGAACAGAGAGAAGUUGAAAGACGACCAAUCACAAAAAUAACUCAUAAAGGUGAAAUAGAAAUUGAGAGUGAUGCCCCAAUGAAAGAGCAGGAAGCUGCUAUGGAAAUUCAGGAUUCGACAGCCAAUAAGUCAUUGGAGAAGUUAGAAGAAACUGAAAAGCAAAAAGAGGAGAUUGACUCCAUGUCCAAAGAUACCACUAGCCAACACAGACAGCAUCUUUUUGAUCUUAACUGUAAAAUUUGCAUAGGUCGGAUGGCACCUCCUGUAGAUGAUCUUUCUCCAAAAAAAGUGAAAGUUGUCGUUGGAGUAUCUCGUAAACAUUCUGACAAUGAAGCAGAAAAUAUAGCAGAUGCUUUAACUUCAACCUCAAAUAUUUUGGCUUCUGAAUUCUUUGAGGAUGAGAGGCAAGAGUCUCCAAAGUCAGCAUUCUCACCUGCUCCACGUCCUGAGAUGCCUGGAACUGUUGGUGUUGAAUCGACUUUCCUGGCUCGUUUGAACUUCAUCUGGAAAGGUUUCAUCAACAUGCCAUCUGUAGCAAAGUUUGUUACCAAAGCCUAUCCGGUGUCAGGCUCUCCUGAGUACUUAACUGAGGAUCUACCAGAUAGUAUUCAAGUAGGUGGCAGAAUUUCACCUCAGACAGUUUGGGAUUAUGUAGAAAAACUAAAAGCAUCAGGAACCAAGGAAAUUUGUGUGGUUCGUUUCACACCAGUAACUGAAGAAGAUCAAAUUUCUUAUACUUUACUGUUUGCAUACUUCAGUAGCAGAAAACGCUAUGGAGUAGCUGCUAACAAUAUGAAGCAAGUUAAGGAUAUGUACCUUAUUCCUUUGGGUGCCACAGAUAAAAUUCCACACCCUCUUGUGCCUUUUGAUGGACCUGGGCUUGAGCUACAUAGACCUAAUUUACUCUUGGGCUUAAUUAUUCGUCAGAAGCUGAAGCGACAGCAUAGUGCUAGUGCCAGCAUGAGUCAUACAGCUGAAAUCCCUGAAAGUGGACCUAUGACAGUGCCACCUGAUAAAAAAAGUAAAAUAGAAGUUUCUACAGAAGAUGCACCAGAGGAGGAAAAUGACUUUUUUAAUUCUUUUACAGCUGUAUUGCACAAGCAGAGAAAUAAGCCUCAGCAGACACUUCAUGAAGACCUCUCAGCAGCAAUUGAACCAUUAGUGGAAGUCACCAAACAGGAACCACCGAAACCUUUACGAUUUCUUCCUGGAGUACUGAUUGGCUGGGAAAAUCAGCCUUCUACUCUGGAAUUAGCAAAUAAACCUCUUCCUGUGGAUGAUAUACUUCAGAGUCUCUUGGGCUCUACUGGUCAAGUAUAUGAACAGCCCCAGCCAGUUACAGAACAGAAUACUCUCCAAGAAAUUCCAUUUAUAAAUGAACAGACCAACCCAAAGCCAGAAGAAAUAGAUAAAGUAGAAGUAACUGAUGCUGAAGGCAGUGAAAUAAAGGUUAAAGCAGAUAAAGAAGUGUCAGAAAAUUCAGGAAUAGAAGAGGAAGAAGCAUCAGUGCUGGCGUCCUCGUCCAUCUCUCCAGGACCUUUAACAAAUCUUAGUCUCAGAGGUAAACCACCAGAUAUUUCUACAGAAGCAUUCUUAACAAAUUUAUCUAUUCAGUCAAAACAAGAGGACACUACAGAGAAUAAAGAGAGGACAUUAAAAAGACAGCUGCCACAAGAUCAAGAGAAUAACUCACAGGAUAACCGGACUUCAAAUAUGGGUUCUCCAGGCAAGUCACAUAUAACAAAAGGAAACCUGGAUGGCAGUGUAAGUUGCAGUGACAGCCUUGUUGCUAACACAAGGUCCCCACAGUUUAUCAAUCUGAAAAGGGAUCCCAGGCAGGCAGCUGGACGAAGUCAGCAGAUAAGUACACCUGAAAGCAAAGAUGGUGAUAGUUGUCGGAAUGAAGAAAAACACACCCCACCUGACUUGUCACAGAGCCAAGAGCAAAUACCAGAGCCGACCACUGCAGAUGAAAAGUUGUCUUCUAUAGAGAAAAACACAUGUGUUCAGCAGAGUGAUAAUUCAAGUGUUCCACAAAACUCAACUUCAGUAGAAAAUAUACACACUUCUCAAACAGAACAAGCAAAACCUUUACAGGAGGACACUUUAAUGCAAAAUAUUGAAACUGUACACCUGUUGCGAAGAGGAACGCCAGCAGCAGCAUCUCAUUUUGAAGUUGGAAAUACAUGUCAAUCGGAAUUUCCUUCUAAAAAUGUUAACUUUACCCCUAGAAGCAACAGCCCCAGAACAAAUGCAAACUUUUCACCUGUGAGGUCACAGCAACCCAACCUUCAUCUCAAAUCCAGCCCUCCUACAUUUCCAUUUCCAGGACCUCCUAAUUUCCCCCCACAGAACAUGUUUGGAUUUCCACCACAUUUACCACCCCCAUUACUUCCCCCCCCAGGAUUUGGCUUUCCUCAAAAUCCCAUGGUCCCCUGGCCACCUGUUCAUCUGACAGGCCAGCCACAGCGUAUGGUGGGCCCUCUUUCUCAGGCUUCAAGGUAUUUAGGCCCACAAAAUUUUUACCAGGUUAAAGACAUUCGAAGACCAGAAAGACGUCAUAGUGAUCCUUGGGGUAGGCAAGAUCAACAGCAGCUAGAUAGGCCAUUUAAUAGGGGAAAGGGGGACCGCCAGAGAUUUUAUAGUGAUUCGCAUCACUUGAAGAGAGAGCGACAUGAAAAGGAAUGGGAGCAGGAAUCUGAAAGACAUAGACGCAGAGACAGACCCCAAGACAGAGACAGAAAAAGCAGGGAGGAAGGACACAAAGAGAAAGAGAGGGCACGGUUAUCACAUGGUGAUCGAGGAACAGAUGGAAAAGCAAGCAGAGAUAGUAGGAAUGUAGACAAAAAACUAGAUAAGCCUAAAAAUGAAGACCAUGAGAAGGACAAAGACCGAGAGAAAAGUAAACAUAGAGAAAGUGAAAAGGACAGGGACAGGUACCACAAAGAUAGGGACCACAUGGACAGAACUAAAAGCAAACGGUAAAAGUAGCAGGCUGUUUCCAGGUUACAUUUCAAUAACUAUAAAAUGUUGUCUCUUCAAAACCUAAAAUUGCCUGCUAGGAUUGUGCCAUCUUUUAAAUUUUUACUGUCAGUGGUUUGCAAAACAGUAAAUUCUGUGUGUUGGUGCAGAGCAUUCUGUACCACUGCUCAUCAUCCCUUCUUCAUACCACCUCUCUCUAGUUGUAGGAAUUUAAUAUUUUUAAAAGUUUUACAUUGCUGUAUAUUCAAAAUUGUUUAAUUAAUAUGCAAUAAAGGCUUAGAAAUUUUAGUUUUAUUCUGUAAUUGAUAAAUAUGGUUAACUAUGAAAUAUAUUUACUGCCUCUAGUGAAUGUCCUUUAUAUAAUGACUAAUUUGAGAAUAGUGUGUGCUCUGUAAGUUUGUUUUAAAUUGCACUGUUGUUUUUUUAAAAAAGACAAAAACAGAAUUCUGAAGGAACUACAAAAGCCAAGCAACUGCAUAAUCAGAUUAUACUAAUCAUUUAGUUGAGCAGUUUUGACCAAGAAUCAAAAGUCCACGGAGUACAUGUAUUGCUUUAAUCUGCACUCAUUAGAAGUAUUUUAUUAUCAUAUACUACAGCUUUGUAGUAGGCCAUUAUUUUUCUUUCCAUUUUUGGCUCUUCAGAAACUUGAAUACUUAAGCUUGUACAUGAUCUUGUGUUUUGCUAUCCUUUUUACUGUAAAAUGUAAAUAUUUUAAGGGAUAUUUUGAUUCUAAAUAUGAUAAAAGAAUUUCUCACCUAUUUUUUGUGUGUGUGUGGUUAAAAGUUUUUUUUGUUCUGUAAAGCUUU